GACCACCACAAAAGUUUCUGCAUUUACAGUAGUUUUCAACCAUCCCACCCCCACCUAAACUAAAAUGGAAUGUCCCCAAAGAUGGACAGCACUUCCUCCUCCAGCUGGGCAGUGGGUUGGCUGGGACAGACUUAUGGGGUCCCCAGAGACAGAAUGACUCAUUCAUAACACAUUUCCUAUGGGAGGGCCAGUGCCAAAUGUGUUUUCCUGGUGCAAGUCUGUUCUGUCCACUCUGUCAGGUUUCAGUUUCCAAGGUACAUGUAACUAUGUCACAGUAUGUGUAGCAUGAGUCAAUCUCUCAUCCUGAGUCACAAAGUUGAACAGAGACUGACUGUGCCUUUUACCAAGGUCUGAUGUCCCCAGUGACAGUGGCGUAGCUCUCCCAUCAGAGAAUCCAAAUCCCACUUGAGGUUCAAGCAAGUGGCACAGGAAGUUGUCGGCAGACAUGGCAGGCAGAGCAGUGCUGUUGGCCUGGAUGUUGCUUCUAGUGUUACACUCUACAGGAGGUGUAGUAGAUGUCACCGUCGUCAGUAAGUUCCAGUUCAUUGAGGAGUUAGCGGACACCUGGCUGUACUGUUACUACACAGGCACUGUCGUCAACCAGAACAGGUACCCAUUUGGCCUGGAGGUCGACACCGGCGCUGGAAGACUAUUCACACGGAAGAGGAACAGCGGUGGCUCUGCCGGAGCCAAGAGCGUGAAGAUCUGGGACGAGUCGCGAGACUUCAGGGUGGGGGCCUUCUCCUGUCAGGUGAAGAGCGCUGAUGGAACCAUAGAAAAGGCCAUUACCUUCAAAAUGAAGUCGGAGGCCGAUGUUUGGCCAGUGGCCUUCACAGUGACAGCCAACAUAGGAGACCCCGUGACCCUACAGAUGGUGGAGAAGUCCAGUAGAACCGGUACUCUGCAGUGGAGGAAGGACGGGACGGCCGGAUCUGUCUUGGAUGGACAGACUGGACUCAACCUGAGCAUAGACAGUGUCCAGUCUUCUGAUGAGGGGAUUUAUGAGUGCUACUACCAAGGGUUUAAUGAUGGAAAGCAAGGCAUCAUGAGGCUCAUUGUGAGAGGUUGUGCUGAAAAUAAGUGGGGCCCAUCCUGUGCUGAGGACUGUCCUGUGUGCUACAAUGGUGGAGUCUGUGAUGACAACACUGGGGAAUGUGUCUGUCCUCCUGGAUUCCAUGGCUUCUACUGUGAAAGUGCAUGUGCUGAUAACAAGAUCGGCACUACCUGUACCCGACAGUGCACCGAUGGAGACUGCACAGGUCAGCUGCUCUGUGUGACGGAUCCGUACGGCUGCUCAUGUGCUGCUGGGCUCAUGGGCAUAGAGUGCACUACAGUGUGUCCAGAGGGCUGGUACGGAGCAGGCUGUACUCAGACCUGCCACUGUGCUGACGGACCUUCUGCCUGUAACAUCAGGACUGGAGCCUGUACUGGGGGGUGUCAGGAGUUCUGGACUGGAGAGUCAUGUCAGAUUGCUGAUUGCAACACGGGCACCUUCUGUCUGAAUGGGGGGACAUGUUUCUCCACCUACAACACACUGCACUGCAGCUGCACAGGUGGCUGGGAGGGAGACAGGUGUGAGAUAGAUAAGGAUGAGUGUGCAGCAGGCGACCACAUCUGUGAGGACACCUGUGUCAACACACCUGGCAGCUACACCUGCACCUGCAGCGUUGGCUCUCAGCUGGCAGGAGAUGGCCAUAGCUGUAUCAGUCCAGCAGAAGUCAAACCAAUCAUCUCUGCUUUGCCUGAUCCACCUAACUCCAACAGUGUUGAGCUCACAUGGUCUCUACACACGGAACACUUCAGUGGUGACAUCAAGUAUUACCUCAUCAAGUACAGGCAAACCUCUGGUCCAGCAGAACAACAGACUAUCCGUCAAACAUCCGAUAACAUCAGACCUGCAUUGGUGGGGGGUCUACAGGUGUACACAAACUACACAUUCUCCAUCCAAGCUGUGCUGGAAGAGAUUGUUGGAGAGUGGAGUGAGCCUAUUGUGUUACUGACUGAACCUGGAGUUCCUUCUGUGCCAAGGAAUGUGCGGCUUGUGAACGUCUCCUGGCACCAGUUAGAGUUGACCUGGGGUGAACCCGAUGUUGUGUUGGGCCCCUACAUCAACUACAGGGUGGACCUGUACAGGCCUGGGGGGCUAACCUGGGUGUGGGACCAUGGUCGUCAGAACUACCGUGAAACCUCGCUCAUCAUAGACCAUCUUGAGCCUGCUACAGAGUACAGGGUGGAGAUCACAUCUUACAAUGGGAAAUACCCAAGUAAAGAGGUUUUUGUGGAGGCUAUCACCAGUGAUGGCUAUCCUACGGCACCUGAAAAAGUACAGACAAAUGAGACAGACACAGCCUGUCAAGUGAUGUGGAGCCCACCAGAAAAGACACAUGGCACCAUCACCAAAUAUACUGUGUACUACUCCUGGAACUCACUAGAUGGCGCUGACUACGGCAGCUUUUUGGAUCUAGUUGAGGUGUCCCCAACCUCCCAUUCUGUUAUCCUGCUGAAGACCGGCCAUAUAGAGAAGGAACUGAAGCCUAAUGCUAACUACAGCAUCACUGUGGCUGCCUCAACCUACACUGGGCAGGGCAAUCUCAGCCUUCCUGUGUACUGCACUGUACCACCUGGCAAACCAGCCAAGCCUGAGUCACCUGUCCCCAUCCUGGAGAACAUCACCUCCAUCACCUUCCCUGUCACUCUCCAGCCAGCCUCACAACAGUAUGGACCAGUACACUGUUACCAUGUCAUGGUGGUAGAGAUGGAUGCUGGGGUUGGGGUUGACGACCUCCCUUCAGCUGAACAACUGGAGGUCAGAGGUUACCAGGAGACCACACAGACCAAUCAGAAGCCUCAUUACAGGGCUUAUAUCACAGCAGCAUGGGACAGGGACUCCCUUCCACAGUCCGUGAAUGUAGGGGAUGGAUCCAGGACCAGCUGUGCUUCUGUCAGCAGGAGGAAACGAGAUGACCAGCCUCACUUCUCAACCAGCAAUUACAUUGACCCAGUGGUCACCAAUAAUGAAGCAGGUCAGUGUACACAUUUAGUCACUACUGGAUACUAA